AUGGUCAUGGGGGAAUUGGUACAAAGAGCAGAGACCUGGUUAUAUCGGGGUAUAGCUCCUAGCCUUGGGACGCAGCCGCCAAUCGCCUGGAUGGACGUACAAAGAUUUUUAGAAAGCGCUCCUGGAUUUGAUGUGCUCCUACUCAUGGACUGCUGUUACGCUGCACGCACGAUCAAGGGGUUUAAUAACAAAGCUAUGGAAGUUCUGGCCGCAGAUCCGAGUCUCGAAGAGCAGUCUCCUAAUCACAUUAUUAUCAUGGGACAUCGCAACCCCAUCGUGUUGAAACCAUUGGGACCGGCUCAGAGUGGGAGUGAUGCUAUUUGUGAUGACGAUCCUAACGGGCACCCUCCAGAGGAUGAUUCUGGGUCUGAGGACUCAGAUACGUGGCCGGCUAUUACCCUUGGAAUCCAGAAACCCCGCGUAAGAAACCCAUGGACUCGAUCUGUCGAGAUCAUCGAUGUGCAUGAGAAGCGCCACAACGUUACAGUUCUCCUCGAUACUUCAGCUAGCUGCAGUUUCAUAAAAUUUAGCACAGUUCACCGCCUGGACCUCGAAGUCUUUCCUCGUCGUCCUCAAGAUGUUUGGGUAUUCCAAAGCUUCGAUGGAUCUCAGUCGCUAUCUCAAUCAUACACCACCAUCAAGAUAAGUAAAACGGACGGAACAGGAUCACUAGGACCCUUUUCCUUGUUCGUUCUACCUACGGAAACCGAUGAUAGCUUAGACGUUGAUGUAAGUUGGGGCGGAGUAGAUAUCUCCACUGCCGGAUUACUCAACCCGCAUUUCGAGAUGCUACACAACGCAGUGGAGGAACGUAUCCAGGCAGAAGAGAAUUCGAACCAAGAAGGAGCCGAAACUGAGAACAGUGACGCGGUACUAAGCGAAGAACUCGUUAAGCAAAUUGGACAAAUGCGACAACUUGUUCAGGAGGAACUGGCUAGAAGAGCAGCCACAGAACAAGAUUAA